GUCAUAAUUGACUCUCAAGCAUUUGUUAUCAAACAUUGUCUGUCGAUAUUAAUUUAUUAAGCUCAUAACGUUUAUUGCUUCGCAUUGUUUACCCCCUAUAGAUGUUGUCUUCAUUUUUCAGACGUCAUUUGUUAUCACAGGGUAUAUUAUAACAUAGUUUACUUUAUAAAGAUAAUCGUCAUUAACUUGUAAGACAUUUUUUGUAAAUAAAAUUUGAAGUUAGUAACAAGAUGUCAGUCGAAAAAUAAGUUAAUUUUAUAAUCUUAAAUGUACUUUGUUAUGAAUGGAUCCAAUUGCAGGAUGCACUUAUGUAAUGCUGAAUCAAUAACGAUGAUCGAAGGUUACUUCUACAUAUAUUUCUGUUUUCUCCGUGGCAAGUAAUAGCUAGCAUGCCACACUCAGUAGUCAAGUGUGAGAGGUUUUUAAUAAUUCAUUACUCCCACGCAGACACCAUUGUAAGUUUGUUAAAUCAUGGAUGAAAUUACGAUGGUUACAAUUAUAAUAUAAACCUUCAGUGGGAGAAAGAAUCAUCCGUUAAUUGCAGCCUUAAAGUCUGCAUUGAAUGCGAAUUGAUUUCCAUAUAAUAUAUUGCAUUUAUACAUUUGAUUUCACCUUGAUAGAUCUACGCAUCUCUUCCAGAAAAUAUACUUAAUUACUUAAACUUAUAUAUAAUAAAUACUUAAACUUAAAAUCAAGCAUCGGUAAUUUCAAGGACAUCUAUGAACAAACAUUUUUCCUUUUUGCGCGCAAAUGUGAAAUAUUAUUAUAUAAGUCUGUCGUUCCAAAAUGUUUAGAAAUCACUAAGUCGUAGAAUGAUGAUUUUAAAAAUUCUAUGUCAACUAUUUAAUUUCCGAGUUUCUUGAAGCAAAUUUACGUUUACAUCUUUUUAUGAAGAUAGAUAAAAAAUAUGCUAACAAUGCUUGUAUCUUUCAUUUUUGUCCGACUUAUCUAGAAUUAAGUGUCUGAUAAACAAUGAUAUUUUGGUUAUGUCAAGCAAUAUGUAAUUAUAGUGCACCUUUAAUUACAAACAUUCCAGAGGGGCAAUUCCAUACGAAAACCUCGAUAAGGACGACUGGAACGUACGUGCCUCCUUCAGACAUACGUUUGGAUUUUUUUAACGCACGUGCCCGAACACUUACAACAUUUUACAAGCUCGUUAUUCGUAAGCAACGUGAUUUGCAAGUCAAACGAGGCGCAUUCGAUUGGCGAAGUUUUCAUUGCCUCGUUUAAUCGGCCAUCUUGGAAAAUUUAGUUCGCUUUUGUGAAGAAAAUAUUAUAAUAAGUAUAAUUUCUUACAUAAAACUUGUGUAACCAUAUUAACUACUUACAUUAUAAGAAACAGGAAAGACAAAUUUCGAUGUGCAUAUUGCUAAUCUUUUUUUAUGUGAACAGCGAAAAUCAAAUGCUACAAAAUUUGUUUGUUGAUUCAUCAUACGCGCUAAAUCAUCGGUGAAAGAUGUAUGUUAUUUGGAAUAGGUUAAAAUUUAUAUGUUUAUUAUUUCUUGAAGAAAUAAUAUGAGACGGAUACUCUUCUAAUAGCAGAAGAUUAGUUGCCUUGUUUUCAACGAUGGAUUAACCUGCUACGAAAUUAUUUCAAGCGGAUAUUAUUGUUUUCAUUGUACCGUGCGAGUGAUCGCAUUUAAGUUAUUGGAAACGCCGCCAAAACAAAGAGGGCGCUAAAGUAUUCUUAACUAACUAUAUAAUCCUCUGAAAUUCUUAUCGCACUUUUUACUUUCAUUACAUAAAUGAUAAACAUUGUCAUAUUUGAAUGUCAAUAGAAGUCACCAGUUUUCAAAAGGCACAAAUUCUACAAUAGAAUUCCUCUGUACAGAACGGUUAUUAUUUUCCUUGUUCUACAUACAUACGUAUAUUUUACUGAUUGUGAGAUCAUUUGCAAUUCAGGUAAGGUUCCACUCUCUCGUGUCUUACAUUCGAAAACACACCACCAUUUAACCGAUCCCUAAACGUGUAUACACAGUAAGACCGAUGGUCUUAUCUGUCAUAGGGAGCACAAGGAAACGUCAGAAAGGAAACAAGCAUAUACAGGAUUCCUGCAAGGAUCAAAACACCUGUUACUCUACUGUCUUGAGGAUGACAGAUGAAAAUUGGCACGAACUUCGAACCUGGCUAACAAAAAAAUACGCAACAAUGAAAAAGAUGCAAUUAACAUUAUUUAAACGGGAACUUCGUCGAAGAAUGAAACCUCUGGAAGGAGAGCGACGCUAAUGGCAAUAGGGUUAACCAAGAUGGCGUGCAAUCUUAAGUUCUCUUCAGUUACACUUAAACAUGAUUUAAGCCGUAGUUUUAAAUAGUUAUAUAAAUCCAUCAAUGAAAACUGAUUUUAAUUACAACUUGAUAUCCAGGCUUUACUGUUAGCUAUAAUCAAGUCGAACAUACUUCAAUAUUUUUACAAAUCCCUUGAUAUUUUAAUAUUAUGUUAAUUUACUAAUUAAUUCUUUUUUAAAAUCUGCAAUAUUAACCUCCAACUUGAAAGUCCUCCCGUAUGCUAUUUGUAUAUUACGACUAACAAAUCUAAAGUUAUAACAGAAAAAUGACCAGCAUUAAAAUUUGUAAUAAAAGGUUAUGUACCAUAACCUCCAAUUCAAAAGA